AUGCACAUACUCCUCCCUCAGAGGAUAUUUUCAGCGGAUGCUUGCCUUUCACGUGCUAUUUCUGUUCAGCCCUCAGCUUUGCAAACUGGCAAGCAGCCGGGCAGCCGUUCUUUCCCACCCCUCCCCCUUCCAGGAGGCGUAUCCUCGGCGAUGACGACGAAAGGGAUGGGCGAUCGAUGGUCUACGGCUGACGGCCGCCUUGGUGGUCACGCCCAUUUCUCCCUAGCAUUUCGCACCAUGCGCAGACACGAUCAAGCCGACGUGCCUGUUAUUAUCAUCGGAAAUGGACCAGCUGGUCUUUCGUUGUCGGCGUUCUUAUCGGGUAUUCUUCCCUAUUAUAAUCCUGCGACACCGCAUCCGGAUCCCUUAUUGCACGAGAAACUUCUUGGAAAUCUCGGACAGUCGCUCAUUGACCAGGUUCAUUAUAUAUUCACUUUUCAGUUUCACGUUUCACUUCCACAACUUCAUUUUGAUACUGUAUUCUACAGUACCGAAACAUCCAAGUGUGAGGGCUGA